CGCUAUGGGGAAGAGAAAAGUUCGUGUUAAAAAGCCAUUUCCAGAGGAAAGAAAGAAAAUUUUGAAAGAGAGUAUGCGCGGCGGUUGGGGAAAACCGGUAUUUGUUGAGUCGGAUGACGAGAGAGAGAAUCUACCUGGAGCGAGCGCUCGUAAGAUACUGAAGGACUUAGAACAGCCCUCGGAGUCUUCAGACAGUGAUCGCGAGGAAGAAACCGUAGCUACUGGGUACAGGCUUUGGCACAGUGGACAGUUGUUAGAAAGUGUCAACAAGUCGUGUGUUUGUCGUGUGUGUGGCGGCGUCGUUGUGUUGGUCGAAAGUAAACAGAAACGGCAAGGUUGGGCAUGUCAAAUGAGGUGGAUUUGCACCGUUUGCGGCGGUAUUCCGGAAGAGGGCUGGACCUCAACUUCGAGGAAGACGGGACGUUUUUUUGAAGUAAACAGGGCGAGUGUUCUCGGAAUGCGUGCAAUCGGAGAAGGCCACACUUCUGCAGCAAAACUAAGUGGCUACUUGUCUAUGCCGCCCCCAAUAUGUAGCCAUAGCUGGCUGGAACACACUCAAGCUCUGGGGGACAAAUCUCGCGAACUUGCAAGUGAGAGCAUGAUGGCAGCUGCCAUUCGGGUAAAAAAACUGCUCCACGGAAGUGAUGUGGACAUUAAUGAAGUUGUAGACUGUGGAAUCACUAUUGACGGAUCCUGGCAAACCAGAAGUAAUUCGAAACAUGGUUUCGUGGCGGCGAUCUCGGUUGACACAGGUGAGGUGCUCGACGUACACUACAUGUGCACAACAUGCAGAACUUGUGACAGUUUUAAUAGCAAGCCGCACACCGCCGCGGAAGAGAUAGAAUUUCAUUUGACACAUUUUGCUCAGUGCCCUCAGAAUCACGACGGGUCGGCACAAGCCAUGGAGGCGGAGGGUGUAUCAGUUCUGUAUAACAGAUCAUUGGAGCUGUAUAACCUUCGAUACAAUCCCUUUGUUGGCGAUGGGGACAGUUCGGCGUUCCGGCGAGUCCAGAGAGAGCAGCCAUACGGACCAGAAGUCGCCCUGGUGAAGGAGGAGUGUGUUGGUCACGUACAGAAGAGAAUGGGAUCCAGACUAAGACGAUUAGUCACAAGUACCAAAGGUAUGAAACUAAGUGAUGGGAAAGGGCUCCAGGGCACAGGCCGCCUCACAAUGGCCCGCAUUGAUUCAAUGCAGACUUUUUAUGGCCUGGCAAUCAGAAGGAACCUGCAGAACCUGGAGGGCAUGGUCAGGGAGACAAGAGCCAUUCCCAUGCAUUAUAGUGAGGAAGCUGAUCACAGUUUGUGUCCUCAAGGAGAAAGUAGCUGGUGCAAAUGGCAAGUGGACAAGGCUUGUGGCACGGAUACCUAUCGCAUGGUGGAAAAGCCACUGCCCCCCGCUGUCAUUGAGGCUAUCCAGCCAAUCAUGGAUGAUCUGUCUGAUCCAGUGCUGUUGCAAGGAUGCCUUCGGGGUUUAACACAAAACCAAAAUGAGAGUUUUCAUUCUACUGUCUGGAACAUGGUGCCCAAGGACCAGUUUCAAAGCAGUAAUGCUGUAACAUUGGGACUUUAUUUAGCAGUAUUGUAUUUCAAUGAUGGCUUGUGUAAGUCUAAUACAGAGCUUUUUCAGUCUGUCGGUAUUGAAAUGUCUGAAUCCAGUCGAAAGUGUUUCAAGAAGCUUGAUUGUGUUCGUAUCAAUAGGUGUGCCAAGGAUACAUCUAGUGCUCAGAAGGAGAAAAGACGAUCACGAAAGAGACAAAAAUUGCAACAAGUAGAUGCUUUUAGGAAAGUUGAGGGUGAAACUUACAAUUCUGGUGAAUUUCACCAAGGGUCACGCAAUGCACCUAAAUGUAAAACCUGUAACAAGCCGCGAAAAGGACACAAAAAAGGAUCAUGCCAAAAAUGAUUAUUGAGACACUGCUCUCUCAUUGCAUCUACACAAACAGUCAAAGCUUGAUGAUAACUCCUGUUUUCAUGGAGGUGUAAAAAGUGACUGAAAUAAGCUGUGUCUUGAAUUUAGUUUGGGUCUUGAAAAGUUACCUAUUUCAUAGUUUAAAAUGUUAUUGCUAUUAGGACUUGCAUUUCAUAAUUUUUAUCUUGUUCUCUGAGCUUUUGUUUGCUUUGAAAUAGGCCUUAAAACUGUUGAUAAUAAUGAUUUUUUGCCCAUGGGCUAGAAGACAAAUAUGACAAAGUUGAUGCAUCCCAGUUAUAUUUUAUGUAAAACAUUUUUGAUAUUCUACAAGUUAGUGGAAUGGCCUAGGUGAAAAAGUGCUUUUUAUUACCUAGUUAUCAUGUUGUUGGUUUUUGGAAAAUCAAUUGCUCAGAUCAGCAUAGUUGUUUUUUUUUUUUAGUAAUUUUAUUCUGCAUUUUAUGCGAUUAACCUGUUUGUAGUCAGAUGUAAAAAGACUCACGUGUAGUUUUGAUGUCUAUACUUCACUACAGUUACAGACAUUGGUGCAU